GCUACCUGUUAUUUCAUCCAAGCCCAGCAGAGCAGCUGAAGAUGGCGAUGUGCGCGGCGCUCCGGCGCUUCUCCUCAAACUUUCCCGCAGUUCUGCCGCUGCUUUCGGGACCCGCGCGCGUCCCCUCGCGCCACACCGUCCGGAGGGCGACCGGCUGGAGGGCGUUCAGCGCGAGCUCGCGGCUCGAGGAAGCUCUCAGAUUCACAGACAAACAUGAGUGGGUACGAGUAGAAGGGGGUAUCGGCACAGUCGGCAUCAGCAAUUUUGCUCAGGAAGCACUAGGUGAUGUAGUAUAUUGUGGACUGCCGGAGGUUGGUACAAAGCUUCAACCAAUGGAGGAGUUUGGUGCUUUAGAAAGCGUGAAGGCUGCUAGUGAGUUGUACUCUCCAUUGACUGGAGAAGUAACUGAGGUCAACACAGAGCUGACCGAGAACCCCGGACUUGUCAAUUCAUCCUGCUAUGAGCGUGGAUGGUUGAUUAAGAUGACCAUAGAAAACCCUGGAGAACUUGAAGCCCUCAUGGAUGAAGCUGCUUAUGAAAAAUACGUCAAAUCACUUGAGUGAUCUGUUAAGUCUGCUUCAUUUCCAGUAUUAGUCACAACGAGUCUUUGCCAAGUCAGAAAACACUGUAAAUUGCUACCAUUAGAGAUUGUACUAAUAAAAUUCUAUGAAGUAUAUU